AACCAGCAAACGUUUGCAAGAUGGCGCCGUACACAUGAAAUAGAACCUGCGUGAAGGACGUUUUCAUUUUUUCCUUUAGUUAUCUUCGACCGGUGACCACCGCCACGAUUGCCAUAUCAGCGUCGCAAGCCACUAUGUCCGGCACCCUGAGCCGGUCGGUGUCGCUGAGCCCGCUCGAGCCGAGCCCUCCGGGCCAGCCGAGCUCGGGCUCCCCGCCCAAAGUAUCCGGACUGCCGAAGGACACGCGCCAGCUGACGGACCUCACCAUUUCGCCGCUCAAAAUCUUCGUGUCCGCGAAGAAACGCAUCAACGACGUCUUCGUAGGGAUCCAGGGAUAUGUGGAGGAGAGCCAUGCCUUUCUCUCGGCUCUUAAUUCUGGCAUGGAGACUGUCAAGGCAGAAGACUGCAUCGAGGUCGAGAAGUUCAAGGACAAGGUGGCUGGCAUCAGGGAUGUCCUCUCUCGUGAUCACAUGAAGGUGGUGUUCUUUGGAAGGACGAGCAACGGGAAGAGCACGGUCAUCAACUCUAUGCUUCAAGAGAGGAUUCUGCCAAGCGGACUGGGCCACACCACCAACUGCUUCCUUCAGGUCGAAGGCUCCGACAAUUCUGAAGCGUAUCUUCUCACCGAGGACUCGAACGAGCCCAAGAAUGUAGAGUCUGUACUUCAACUGGCGAAUGCACUGAAUUCUGAAUCGUUAGGGGAAAGCACAUUGGUCCGAAUAUUCUGGCCCAAAGACAGGUGCAAUCUUCUGAGGGACGAUGUUGUUCUGGUCGACAGCCCAGGCAUUGAUGUGUCGCCAAAUCUCGACCUUUGGAUUGACAAGCAUUGCCUCGAUGCAGACGUUUUUGUGUUGGUGGCCAAUGCAGAGUCUACACUAAUGGUGACGGAGAAAAACUUUUUCCACAAAGUGAGCGAACGCCUUUCAAAGCCAAACAUAUUCAUCCUCAACAACCGGUGGGAUGCAUCGGCAUCAGAGCCUGAGAUCAUUGAGAAAGUUCGCAAGCAGCACCUCGAGCGCAACGUGGCCUUUCUGGUGGACGAACUGCGCGUGGCCACUCGGCAGCAGGCCGAAGACAGGGUGUUCUUUGUGUCGGCCCGAGAGGUGCUCAAUGCCCGUCUGAGGAAGCAGCAGGGUCUGCCCCAGCACUCUGGCGUAGGGCUUGCAGAAGGCUACCAAGGAAGGUACUUUGAGUUUCAGGACUUCGAGCGGAAAUUUGAGGAGUGCCUCUCCAAGUCUGCAGUUAAGACAAAGUUUGAGCAGCACACACAGAGGGGAAAGAAAAUCACCAACGAACUAAGAGCUAUCAUGGACAAGGUCUAUGAACAGGCUGCUAUGUUAAAGGCGAGCAAGCAAGAGCAUCGCCGGGAACAGUGGGACCGCCUUCAGUUCACGCAGCAGCAGCUGGAGCUUCUGACAGAGGAGGUGAAGCAGCGCAUCAGCCAGCUGGUGGAGCAGGUGGAGCAGCAGGUGGCCGGAGCGCUGAACGAGGAGAUCCGCCGGCUGGAGCUACUUGUGAACGAGUUUGAGCGGCCCUUCCACCCGGACAGCCUCGUGCUCAGUGUCUACAAGAGGGAGCUGCAUGGCUACGUUGAAAGGGGACUUGGCAGCAACCUCCGUGCACGUCUCUCGAGCACGCUGCAGAUGUCUGUCGAGAGCUCUCAGAAGGAAAUGAUUGGCCGAAUGGCGCCGCUGAUCCCCCAGGAGCAGCACCCGCAGAUGCAGAACGUCCUGCCGCGCCACAACUUUGAGGUGCUGUACCGGCUGAACUGUGAGAGUCUGUGCUGUGACUUCCAGGAGGACCUGGAGUUCCGCUUCUCCCUGGGGCUCGUGAACCUCAUGAAGCGCUUCAUGGGGCCCCGGGGCGCACACGCCGCCAUGGGAGGCAGCUACUCCCCCAUGGUGCCGAGACCGCAGCUUAGCACGCCACAAACGCCAAGCAACGAGAUCAAGACAUUCCCGACGGCCCCUCCCGACUACCUGAGCAUGGUCCACAAGCUGGCCGUGGUGUCGCCGAGCUCACAGACCACUGUGGGAGCACUUGCCAUUGGAGGAUUUAUGGUCCGUACGGUGGGCUGGAAGGUGAUUGCAGUCACUCUGGGCCUGUACGGAGUGGUCUAUCUCUUCGAGAGGCUCACGUGGACCAACCGCGCCAAGGAGCGCUCCUUCAAGCGGCAGUACGUGCAGCACGCCACGCGCAAGCUGCGUCUCAUCGUCGACCUCACCAGUGCCAACUGCAGCCACCAAGUGCAGCAAGAGCUGUCCAGCACCUUUGCCCGCUUGGGGCACCUGGUGGAUGAGGUGGUCAACGACAUGGAGGUGGAGAUCAAGAAGUUGGACAGCGAAAUUUCAAAGAUGGACGAGGCCACCACAUGUGCCAGAACCCUCAGGAACAAGGCGGGGUACCUGAUGAGUGAACUUGAGACCUUCUCCCAGCAGUACCUUCAGUAUGACGAGUAGGAAGGUUGCAUGGGACUGCAGCAGAGGUCGUUCUCCGCAUACGUUUUACCUCGAAAGCCUUUUGAUUGUCUCGGAAUACGAGCCCUGAAGAUGGUAAAGUGUCCCCGGCCUAUUAUGUCGGCUGUGACGGGCAGCACAAACCUCGCGAAAGAUUGGAUUCGGACACGUGACUGAGGUUUCUGACGCCAUUGAUGCCAUGGCCAUUGGAUGCAUAAGGAGCAACAUGUGUUGUGUGUCUCCAUGGCUUGUAACCUCGGAGGGCCUUGAAAUGGUCGAUAGAUGGCACCUAAGAACAAACAAGGCCACUGUCCUGAACAAGGAUACUGCCUCUGCACAUGUACGUUAGUCAAGGGUGGUGCUGCAAAGCCAUUUAUACUUUUUUUUAUUUUCUCUAUUGUUUUUGGGGAGAUGUCAUGUAGCAUGUUUUCUUGUAAACAAGAGCGGUUACAAUGUACUGCAGCCAUUCUGUUGACCCUGUUGAGGUUUAGAAAAUUUGUGCAAGAUAUGUUGUCUUCAUUGGGGGGGAGGGGGAGCUUACAUUUUCUCUUUAGGUAGCAAGUCGAAAUAUGGUUUAGUAUUUUGUUUACGGAGAUUCUAAUGUCACUUUUUUUGUUCAUGCAUGCUUUUGGCGACCUGGAUCUGCUAGUUCUGUAUCGUCCCGGCCUAUUUUUGUGGUUCGGUGGUUUACAAGACCAUAGCUAACACAAGAGUGUUUAGUGGGAUAAGCAUGAUGUGAAUUUGACAAGUACUAAUUGCUGUAUGCAGGGGGAGGUAUUGUUAAGUAUUCGCAAGCUAUAUGUACAAAAAAAGAAAAAAAAUGAAGCUGAGUGUUUUUUUUUUUGUGUGGGUAUCAAACUUUUUUUAAUUGUAAAUGUCUUUGUGGGUAAUAUAAAAAUAAUUUUUUGUAUUUGUUAUAUGAUCCUUGAUGCAUGCCUUGGUCCUUUUUGUUCUUGUAGAUGCCCGAUUUGUGAAAUUAUGGCUUAAAAACUUAACUUGGAGAUGCAUAUAUAUUUGUUUGUCGUGAGCUCUGCGCUGUUCUUUUGGGAAAUAAAACUUGAUUGUUUUCUUGAA